AUGGCGGACGACUUUCCUAAAUUUCGUCUGGAAUUUAAACGCUACAAACGGCGAAAUCCCCCACCAGAUUUUUCAGACGUGAUUGAUUUUGAUCGCAAAGAUUCGUGGAGAGGACGGGUGAAAAAAUGCAGCUGCCCUUUUGAGGAAGUUGAUGAUUUAAACAUCAGAGAACUGGGGUUGAGUGAAAUUAAAACAUGGAAGUGUCACAAGAUCCUUGGUCAUGAUGGAUUUCUAGUAAUCGUAAAUCCAUUCACUAGCAGUGGUCAACUACAAUGGAUAGAGAAAAGUGUUAAAGUAUAUCCUAUGAAACCUAAUGUGUGUAACUUGGACGCGCACUACGAACGGAACGAUAAAAAUCUUUGGACAGAAUACGAAAAGGCGUGUUCAAGCGACAGCGCAUGUGCACAAGAAAAGACUACUAAAACAUUGAUGGAGAAGUUAAGAUGGGUAACUUUGGGCUAUCAUUACAACUGGAAUACGAAGGAAUACCACAAAGCCAGUUAUACCCCUUUUCCAAAUGAUCUCAGCAAGUUAACAACGUAUUUCGCGUGCGCAUUGGGAUACGAAAGUUUCAUCCCUGAGGCAGCCAUUUUGAAUUAUUACCAUAUGAAUUCGACUCUUUCCGGACACACAGAUCAUUCUGAAUUGGAUUUAUCAGCACCUUUAUUUUCACUAAGCUUCGGCCAAACGUGCAUCUUUCUCUUGGGAGGGCGAACGUUGGAUGAACAGCCAUGCGCGGUAUACUUACGCAGUGGUGACGUAGUAGUCAUGUCACGUGAAUCAAGGUUGUCCUAUCAUGGCGUGCCAAGGAUAUUAGAAAACGAGAAUCUGUCCACAUUAUUCACUGACGAAAGUCAACGUGAGCCAAGUGCAGUAAAACUAGAUUUAAAAAGUCUGAAGAAAUAUUUAAACCACUCAAGAAUCAACAUAAACGUUAGACAAGUCGAAGGACCAACCAUGCGUUUUUCAUGACACAAAAAACAAAA